ACUGCCUAAGGCCUAUGCAAAUUCUCUGCUUUAUCUGUUUGGUUUACCUGUGUGCUAAGGGUUAAAGAGCUCCCAGGAAGGGUGGUGGAGGGGGGUCAGUGUCAUUUGUAUAAAAUAUUCCUUUUCUCCAACUGACUUCUUUCUCACCUGGAAAAGAGAAAUAGUGCCCUGAAUGAAGACGCAGCUACAGGUCUCAUCUGAAGCUGCCAAGUUAUAGUAAAUCUGGGAGGUUGUAAAGAUAUUAACAUGAGCCGUGAACCAGAUUCCACAGAGGAACAGCAAAACGGAGAGGCACACUUACAGAAUGGCGGUGAGAGAAGCAGCCUGGAUUUUAGCAGACAGAUUAAAACAGAAGAUUUUAGUGAAGCACUGCAGCCUGGAAUACCUCAUAGACCAUGCCAUCUGUCUCAAGGAUCUAUAAUGGGCGGAGGACAAAUGACUGGGGAUAUGGCUUCUAUACACUCUCUCCAGCAACUAGUCCUGGUCCCCAGCCACCUACAGUCAGCUUCACAGUUCCUUCUGUCACAAGCACAGCCUGUCCAGCAAGGUCUUCUUCAACAAAAUCUUAUUGCUUUGCCUCAUCAACAAGGCGGUUCAUUACAGUCUCAAGCUGGAAUGGGCCUGGUUAACCAGGCAGUUGGACGAUCCAGCCUUUCAGGUUCAUCUGUAGAACCACAUUUAGAAUUGGGACAGCACUUGCAUUCUUCAAAACACAUAUCUGUUGCUUCAGAUGAACCCAGUGAUUUAGAAGAACUGGAAAAGUUUGCUAAAACAUUCAAGCAGAGGCGAAUAAAACUAGGCUUUACACAGGGUGAUGUUGGCCUGGCUAUGGGGAAGUUGUAUGGAAACGAUUUUAGCCAAACAACAAUAUCUCGAUUUGAAGCUCUGAACCUGAGUUUUAAAAACAUGUGUAAGCUGAAACCUCUUUUGGAGAAAUGGCUAAGUGAUGCAGAAUCUGCCCCGUCUGAUUCCGCUAUGACACAAAACAGCACAUAUCCACAAUUAAGUGAGCUGUUUGGGCGUAAAAGGAAAAAAAGGACCAGUAUAGAGACUAACAUACGCUUGACUUUGGAGAAACGGUUUCAAGAUAACCCAAAACCAAGCUCAGAGGAAAUUAGCAUGAUAGCUGAACAGUUGGCUAUGGAGAAGGAAGUGGUACGGGUUUGGUUCUGCAAUCGUCGCCAGAAGGAAAAAAGAAUUAACUGUCCAAUUAACUUGCCUCUGAAGUCUCCUAUCUAUAACUCAAGAAUGGUAUCAACGUCCGGUUCUUUGGGGUCUUUAGGUAUCGCUCCAGUGCACAGCACAAUGACCAGCACAGUAACUUCAUCUUGUUCACCUGGGAGUUCCAGCAGACCAUCCUCACCAAGUUCAGGCCUUCAUUCUUGCAGCCCUGGAAUCUCUCUAAACAGUUCAAAACCCAAUGUGAAUACCUCCAGCUACAGCUCAUCUGGACCAUGGUAUCGAUGGAAUUCUCCAACAUACCUUCAUUGAAAAACGUCUUUUGUCGCUAAUAAAAAAAAAGGAGACAAGUAAGCCAAAA